AUGGCGGCCGCACCCCAAAAACCAGAGACUUUCAUGCUGAGCACAGAGGCCCAACAAGCAUUACCACAUGAUGCGCAGGUAGCUCUGCAACAAGUUGAUAACCUGAAAUAUUUCCUCAUUUCUGCCCCUGUCGACUGGCAGCCGGAUCAGUACAUUCGCAGAUUUCUGCUCCCCACCGGCGAAUAUGUCUCCUGUGUGCUAUGGAACAACCUGUUCCACAUCUCCGGCACCGACAUUGUCCGCUGCCUGUCUUUCCGCUUCCAGGCUUUUGGCCGACCCGUCAAGAACUCCAAGAAGUUCGAAGAGGGCAUCUUCUCGGACCUGAGAAAUCUGAAGUCCGGCACUGAUGCAUCUCUCGAGGAGCCCAAGAGCCCCUUCCUCGACUUCCUGUACAAGAACAACUGCAUCCGAACGCAAAAGAAGCAGAAGGUCUUUUACUGGUAUAGCGUACCCCAUGACCGCCUCUUCCUGGACGCUCUGGAGAGAGACCUGAAGAGGGAGAAGAUGGGCCAGGAGGCCACGACCAUGGCCGUCAGCGAGCCUGCUCUGUCUUUCCAGUACGACUCGUCGCAGUCGCUCUACGAGCAGCUCACCAAGGCCCAGCAGGCCAACUCAUCUUCCUUCAACGCCCAGCAGGUCUCUUUCCCCCAGUCCCAGGCACCAUCCCCAGUGAUGAGGGCAAUGGACUCGAUGCCUCCUCCCCAGAUGAUCCCCCACAGCAUGGCCCCUUUAGCGGAUGGCAUGGACACGAUGGUUCAGUAUCAGCAGACCAUGGCGAUGGCCCCGGCCAUGCCUCCUCAAGUCCAGCAGAUGGUCAAGCGCGAACCUGAAUACGCUCGUGUCCAGUACAACCAGAAUGGAGUCCCGAUUGCUCAGGGCCACCAGCGCCACGCCUCCAUGCCAGCCUACGGCCUGGAGUACUCGCCAGCACCCUCCUUCGUCUCCUCGCAGUACGAGGACUACAGCAACCGCGGCAUCUCAUUCGAGCCCAUCACCCCUCCUCAGCAGGCUAUGGGCAUGAGCGCCGAGCCGGCGUACAUUGCCAACGAGGAGACUGGCUUGUACACCGCCAUUCCCGACCACAUGGGUGGUGUCAACGGACUCAACGGCAUGAUUCAGCUGCCACCGUCCAACCUGGCCGGCCCCCAGUUCUCUCGCGCCUAUGGUGCCAACAAUGUUUACUCCGUCAUUGAAGGUUCCCCGACCUACAAGCAGAGGAGACGUCGCUCUUCCAUCCCUCCCUCCAUGUCUGCCAUCGCUGCCGCCACUGCUCAGGUCCAGGCUGCCGCACACCGACCCUCUGAGUUGAGAAGAUCCGUCUCGGCGUCCGUUGGCCCUCUGGCUGAGGACGAUGGUGAGACAUCGCCACCGGGCCUGGCAUACAGCAACUCGCAGAUGUCGAUGGCAAGCCAGCAGCACAAGGAAAUGCUCGACAUGUCGAGACAUGGCACUCCCCUGUCGACUGUCGAGGGCAGCCCCGCCCUCAACCCGUUGGCGCUCCAGCAUCAGGACUACCUCCAGAUGGGCCACAACGAUAUGAACGGCGACGCCAUGAGUGAGCGUGGCCAGAUGCACGGCGGAGCACCCAGCGUCGUCAGGCGGGCCCGAUCUGCCACGGUCAUGGAGCUCGGCCCGUAUCCCCAGAAGUCGCACUCUUGCCCUAUCCCCACUUGUGGCCGUCUCUUCAAGCGCCUAGAGCACCUGAAGCGACACGUGAGAACACAUACACAAGAAAGACCCUACAUCUGCCCAUAUUGUAGCAAGGCCUUCUCCAGAUCCGACAACCUAGCACAACACAAGCGAACACACGACCGCGGUGAAGGCGCUGAUGGCAGCUUCCCCCUGUCGGGCGAGGACGAGGAGGAGUACUCGGGUGAGGACCAUCUUGGCUCCCUCGAGGAAGCCUCUCCAACGUCAGAGAACGGCUACAUGCCGGCGUCGCUCAACUCCAUGGCUCACGGCCCUGCCACCACCAUGUCGCAACAAUCCUACAACAGUCUCCAGACUCUGAGCAUGCCCAUGACCAUGAGCACGCCUGCCGGUGCGAUGAUGUAG